CAGACGAGCCCGCCAUGAGCCAGUCUAUCGCAGCAUUGCGGCGAAACUUCACGACUUACGCUCAAAGAUGACGGCUGAAAUGUCUGUAGCGGACUUUUAUAAAGGCAAGAGUAUCCUGGUGACUGGUGGCACUGGUUUCAUGGGAAAGGUGCUGGUCGAGAAAUUACUCUACAGCGUCCCCACCAUCGGCAACAUCUACAUACUAAUGCGACCUAAGCGAGGCAAGUCGAUCAAUCAGAGGUUGGAGGAAAUGCAGAGGUUACCCCUCUUCGACCGUAUAAGAAACGAUCGUCCAACCAGUUUGAAGAAAAUAAAGGCAUUACAGGGUGACGUGCUCUUUGAGAACUUUGGUCUCUCGGACAACGAUAUAGAAAAAUUAUCUGAAGAAGUAUGUUUAGUGUUUCACUUUGCUGCAACCUUAAGACUAGAAGCGCCAUUAAGGGACAAUGUAAAUAUGAAUACUUGCGGCACUCAGAGGACUCUUGAUGUAGCAAAAAAAUUGAAGAAGUUGCAAUUAGUGGUGCAUCUAUCCACCGCUUUCUGUUACCCUGACUAUCAGGUUUUGGAGGAAAAGAUUCAUGCACCAACAGUACAACCAGCGGACAUAAUGAGGCUGAUAGAGUGGCUUGACGACAAACAAUUAACGCUCCUAACUCCGUCCUUAUUGGGCGCACAUCCAAAUUGCUACACUUUCUCUAAAAGAUUAGCUGAAUCCAUAGUCGCUGAUUCAUUUGAAUCUUUACCCGUGGUUAUUGCAAGACCAAGUAUAGUGUGUCCAGCUCUAUCAGAACCCCUCCCAGGUUGGGUGGACAACCUCAACGGCCCCGUUGGGUUGAUGCUGGGGGCUGGUAAGGGUGUAAUCCGGAGCAUGCUUUGUGACGGGAGUUUAAUCGCACAGGUCAUACCAGUGGAUACCGCAAUCAACGCUAUCAUUGCAUUAGCCAUGAUUGAAUCAAAUCGGAAAGAAAAGCCAGAAGUGAUUCCAAUAUACAACAUAAAUAUCGGACACCAGAAGCCUACAACCUGGGGCGAGGUACUAACAAUAGCGAAGGAUUACGGCCGCAAAUUCCCUCUCGCGUGGCCUCUAUGGUAUCCCAACGGGGACAUCACAACCAACUAUGCAUUGCACGAGUUCAAAAGAAUAUUCUAUCACCUGCUCCCAGCUUAUUGCAUAGACUUUCUGCUGCUUAUUGCCGGCCAAAAACGAUUUAUGCUUCGAGUGCAAGAACGCAUAAGUCAAGGUCUUGAAGUAUUGCAAUACUUCACAAUAAGGCCUUGGAAUUUCCCUUGUCCUAAUUUUGAUAACAUUAAAUUGAAACUAACGGAGGAGGAUAAUAAAACGUUUAACACAGAUCUGACGGAGGUGGAUAAAACUAAAUAUUUGCGAAUCUGUGUUGAGGGCGGUCGAAUAUUCUGUCUCAAAGAAGAUCCUAACAAGAUACAUAUAAACAGACAUUAUCACAACUUCCUGUACAUACUCGACUGGAUUGUAAAAAUUUUGCUUUGGCUACUGCUACUCUCAUUUGUAGCAAGAUGGUUCGAACCUGCCAGAGACUUCCUUAGUUAUGGAGAGCCUGUGGUGAAAUAUCUGCCAUUUUUGGGACCCGCGGUUCUAGAUAAUCAAUAAAUCUUAGUGUGUUGCCAGAUGAUAUUUUCGCUAAAAAUAUAUUUAAGAUUUACUCACAGUGAAUUUUAUACAAUGAAUCAGUAGAAGAGUAUCUAUUAUAAGAAACUCCUGGUGCUAUUAAUAUUUGAAAACCUUAUGUAGGCAUAGUAAGGCCAUACAGGAAACCGGAGGGCCACAUUGUUGUAUUUGCAAAUGGGUAGGUAUCUGGUAUUUACUUAUACGUCUUAAAAAAAUCAAUUAAAAACCUUUAGUCUAUUUUAUGAUUGUAUUUUUCAUUAUUAGGUAGGUAACUAAAUAAUAUUAUUUUACACGUAGGCAUAUUACACGUACCUAGAUAUGAAUCAAUAUUUUCAAAUAUACAUAUUUAGAAACAUUUAAAAUCCUUUAUAUAUUUACACGCUUUUUAUUAGCUUCACCUGUAUGUUUGUAUGUUUGUUUGUUUGUAACCGAUUUCUUUGGGCGCGAU